AUGAAGCGGUUCAUGGCCAUGUUAAACAGGAAUAAAAACAAGGAUCCCCCACCUGCCAAGCUGCUGGAUCUAGCAGGACAGCUUUGCCAGGAUCUCCAGAGCUCAUUUCCUAGUCUGGAGAAGCUGGUUGAGGCCAUGAUGGGAUGCAGACACAAGAUGUAUUUUCUCACUAACAUCCACAUUGUCCAAGCUUGUGUGUUUGUUCAUAUCCAGAAAGGGCAGCAUGACACAGCCUGCAGACUGCUGGAGGAUAGCAAGGCAGAACAGAAGGAGAAGCUGGUGCAACUUUGGCAUGAGAUUCACUACCGGAGGGUAAUGGAGCAACACCACACAGAUUUUCUGACACCGCUGCAGAAGUUCCGUUGCAGGAAGAGGAAUCCUCCACCCAUUUCCCUUUGUCCUGAAGGUCUGAAAAAUCGAAACCAUUCAGAUGAAGUGCGCCAGCAACUGCACAGGUUUGCUGCAGAGGUGACAACAAAUCCAAACAAGAAACAGCGGGAGGGGCUGGCUCGGGACACGAACCUGCUGCCAACUCAGGUCUACAACUGGUUUGCAAAUUACCGACGGCGUCAAAAAUCCAGCCUCCCUCCUAUGGAAAAGCAAAACAACUCAUGUCCUGAGAGGGCUCUGGCUUAUCCCACAGUGCAGCAGCAGGACAGAGGAUUCUAUGCUCCACAAACUGCAGAUGGAUCUUACGUAGGCAUCGGCUCUGAGCAAACGGAGAUAACUCUCAUGCCCUGUGACCCAGGGUGGGACCAGUCAGCUGCAGAUCUGGAUAAGCCUCCUGAGGGAACAUAUUUAAAGAUGCUGGAAUCCAGCUUUAUGCCGAGCAGUGAGCCGUAUGAAGCAACGACAGACAAGGCUUUCUUGACCACCCACAGCACUGAACAACCUGUAUCGUUUUGCCCUGAGGCUACGCUGGAACCGGGAACCUGCUUUAAUCCUGCUGUCCUGCAAGCCAAAGAAGCAGCAAGCAGUGCUGAUGCCAACCCCCAGCUGGGUAACUUUGUCCUGUGCCCCUGUGGAUCCCUUACAUUCCCAGAUGAACGGCUGGCCAUGUGGCAAGCCCCUUGCACCACCAGAGGAGUCUCUGGCUCUAUGUGGACCCCAGGUAUAGAAGUUACUGUCACUCUGUGUUUGGCAAGCCUCAGUGCCCACCUGUUUCUGCACCCUGCAUGGAAGAAAGCCAAGCCUUGGGACAAAGCCAGGUCUUGGAGGAUCCAGCUGGCAACCCAUUAACCCAUGACACGUUCUGGGCAGCGUGGCUGCUCUUUGAAUUCUCAGCCAGUGGACGAAUGUGAUCCACCUGCAGAGAUGUUCAAUGUGGUCUGCACUUCCCUAGGAAACACCCCAUCCUUUCCUGGGUGUUCUUUUCUCCAUGCUUUUUUUCGGCAUGAAUGAGGGGUUUGGCAUGGAGGUGAAUACAGAAUGAGGUAGAGGAAUGAUGAAGGUCUGUUCUAAUGGUUGCAAAGUUUGGUUUUGUUACAGUUUGGUUAAGAAUUUUUCAAAGGAUAGAAGACAUGAAAGGUGCAUUGUGGACUGCAGGUUUUGACUAGAGCAGUCUGAAGCUGCACUGCAGAUGCUAAAAAUAUCAAGUCACUGGUUCUGUGGCAGUUAAGUAUUUCUACCCAUAGCACUGGUCAGACCAGAGUUGUUCAUUACAUGAUGAAGGUAAAUGAAGCUCCUGUACUCAGAGUAAAAUUCAGUUUUAUUGCCUGGCAAUGAAUAUUGGGUAACUUUUUCUCAGGCCUGGAUGAUGGAGUAUCAGCUUAGUGCUGGUAAAAUACUGCUAUUUCUCAUCCCUGCAUCUCGGUGGUACUGCUGGGUGUAACUGCCAGAGCAUUCAGUACUCCAGAGUGCCACAGGUGACACACACUGGCAGAAUUAUCAGUGCUGAAGUCAAUGUUCUUACAGUAGAGGGAGGGCCUACCAGUGUUGUCAGUGUUUAAUGUUACCUGUGUCUCAGAUUGCUCAGGAAAGAAGAAGGAUGAAUGGAGGAGGUAGGAGCUGCUGAACCCUCUUGAUCCAUUGUCAGUCCCCACAUCUGGAUGGACACAAACUGCCAGGGCUGUUGUGUAACCGCAGGUGGUCUCUGGCCACAGUGAACCACAUUGUGUUCAGACGAUGGCCCUGCAAUGCAGCGUGACUUGUACAGGCUCAAGUUUCCUACACACUGUAGUAAGUGUGGGGCUGAUGCUGUGUAGGCUGGAGGCUGCUUACUCGGUGGGGGUGAGCUGUUCAACUGCAGCUCUCCUGGGGAGUGCAUGCUGCUCUGUUCCUGUUUCCCAUCUCUUUUCCUUACUUAACCCAGCCUCAAGGCACCUGUUACACUCCUUCACCUCACGUUGCUCACGGAGCAGGAGCCCUGUUCUCCUUCCUUUCUCUUAGAGGCUAUAAAGCAGAAUUGUGUAUGGGAGUGUUAGGACAUGAAGCAGCACAGCAGACCCUUGGUGCAGUUUAAAGCUGCAAAUCACUGUGCUGUCUUUAGGGUGUUUUCCUUAUGUGUUACUGCUGGGGUUUAAAUCUGUACUGGAAAAGUGGUAAUCUUUACUGAAACUCGAGCCCUGGGUUAGGCAAAGUGGAUGCCUCCAGUACCUGUUGUCAUAAAGCUAGCAAAUAAAGGUUUUGAAUGACUGUU